UUAAUAAACUUUUCCCUUUUUUUUUUCCUUUCUUUCUACUAAGGAAACACCUUUUUAAUUUUACAUAACUCCUUUCUGGAAUAUCAAUUAAGUAGCUAUGUGUGGUAUUUUUGGAUACGUUAACUUUUUGGUUGACAAAACUAGAGGCGAAAUUGUCGACAACCUUAUUGAAGGUCUUUCAAGAUUAGAAUACCGUGGUUAUGAUUCUGCUGGUAUUGCCAUUGACGGUGACAAGAAGGGUGAAACCUUUAUUGUCAAGCAAGUUGGUAAGGUUAGAGCCUUGAAGCAAGAAAUUGAAGACCAAAACUUGGACCGUUCUGCUAGCUUUGAUUGUCACGUUGGUAUUGCCCACACCAGAUGGGCCACCCAUGGUCAACCAAUGACCAUCAACUGUCACCCACAUAGAUCAGACCCUAACAACGAGUUUGUCGUUGUUCACAACGGUAUCAUCACCAACUACAGAGCCUUGAAGACUUUGUUGGAAUCCAAGGGUUUACAAUUUGAAUCUGAAACUGAUUCUGAAUGUAUUGCUAAAUUAUUCAAACAUAUUUACGAUUCUAACUUGAAGGCUGGUAUUUCCGUUGAUUUGAACGAAUUGACCAAACAAGUUUUGUUUGAAUUGGAAGGUUCUUAUGGUUUGUUGGUCAAGUCUGUUCAUUACCCAGGUGAAGUUUGUGCCACUAGAAAGGGUUCUCCAUUAUUGGUUGGUGUUAAGACUGACCGUAAGUUGAAGGUUGACUUUGUUGAUGUUGAAUUCUUGGAUAACCAUGCUGAAUCUUCUGGUAACAAUGACCGUUCUUCAAACUCUAACAGUCUUGGUCUUUUACCAGUCGCUCAAGGUGAAUCCAACUUGAGAACCUCUCAAUCAAGAGCCUUCCUUGCUGAUGAUGGUAUGCCAAUGCCAGUGGAAUUCUUUUUGUCCUCUGACCCAGCUUCUGUCAUUCAACACACCAAGAAGGUUUUGUUCUUGGAAGAUGAUGACAUUGCACACAUUUAUGACGGUGAAUUACAUAUCCAUAGAGCCAAGAAGUCUGCUGGUGAAUCUACCACCAGAUCUAUUCAAACUUUGGAAAUGGAAUUGAACGAAAUUAUGAAGGGUCCAUACAACCACUUUAUGCAAAAGGAAAUCUUUGAACAACCAGACUCUACAUUCAACACCAUGAGAGGUAGAAUUGAUUUUGAAAAUUCCAAGAUCAACUUGGGUGGUCUUAAACAAUUCUUGCCAACUGUUAGAAGAUGUAGAAGAAUUAUUAUGAUUGCUUGUGGUACUUCAUACCAUUCUUGUUUAGCAACCAGAUCCAUUUUUGAAGAAUUGACUGAAAUUCCAGUUUCUGUCGAAUUGGCUUCUGAUUUCUUGGAUAGAAAAUCUCCAGUGUUUAGAGACGAUACAUGUGUCUUUGUUUCUCAAUCUGGUGAAACUGCUGAUUCUAUUUUGGCCUUACAAUACUGUUUGGAAAGAGGUGCCUUGACUGUUGGUAUUGUCAACUCUGUUGGUUCUUCUAUUUCUAGACAAACCCACUGUGGUGUUCAUAUCAAUGCCGGUCCAGAAAUCGGUGUUGCCUCUACCAAGGCUUACACUUCUCAAUACAUUGCAUUGGUUAUGUUUGCCUUGUCCUUGUCAAAUGAUUCUGUUUCUAGAAUUGACCGUCAUAAGGAAAUCAUUGCUGGUUUGCAAAAGAUUCCUGAACAAAUUAAAGAAGUUUUGAAGUUGGAAACCAAAAUUAAGGAAUUAUGUGAUUCUAACUUGAAUGAUCAAAAGUCUCUUUUAUUGUUGGGUAGAGGUUAUCAAUAUGCUACUGCCUUGGAAGGUGCCUUGAAGAUUAAGGAAAUCUCUUAUAUGCAUUCCGAAGGUGUUUUGGCUGGUGAAUUGAAGCAUGGUGUUUUAGCAUUGGUUGAUGAUCAAUUACCAAUCAUUGCCUUUGCUACCAAGGAUUCUCUCUUCCCUAAGGUUAUGUCUGCCAUUGAACAAGUCAUUGCCAGAGAAGGUAGACCAAUUGUUAUUUGUAACGAAGGUGAACAAGUUAUUGGUGGUGACAAGACCAUGGCCACUUUACACGUUCCAUUAACUGUCGAUUGUUUGCAAGGGUUAUUGAAUGUCAUUCCAUUGCAAUUGAUGAGUUACUGGUUGGCUGUUAACAGAGGAAUCGAUGUUGAUUUCCCUCGUAACUUGGCCAAGUCUGUCACUGUCGAGUAA